AUGAAUGCCUUUGAGCGUACUUUAGAGGAUAUGAAAUCAAUUAAAUUGUUAUGUAAAAAGCUUGGAGACACAAAAUAAGAUCAACUUGAUAGAAUGAUUAGAAUCUUCUAAUCUAUGCCUUAAAAGAUUUAUUUUAGUAAUUUUUAUUAGAAUCAAUUGUACAAAAAUACAAUGGGAGUAUUUUCUAAAAAAGAUUGGAAUAGUGAUUCUGUUACAAUUAGUGUAAUAGAUUAAGAAUUUUAAUUUGAUUGGCCUGAGUUAAUGAUUUAUAUGUAGAUAUUGAAAUAAUUAUAUUAGGAAGCCUUUCUUAAUGUUUUUUGUGAUUGAUUUACAAGAAGGAUUGAUACCUAUAGAUGAGAUUAAUAAAUAAAAAAAAAAAGUUAAUGAUGAUAAAUUAAUUAGAUUUCUGUUAUUUAAUUGUGGAGUGAAUUCUUUUUAAAAUAUAGAAUAAGAAUAAACAUUUAUUAUCAUUCCUCCUUUAAGUGAUGAUAAAAUGGUUUAUUAUUUAGAAGAUCAAUUAUAAUUAUAUUUAUGUUAAAUCAUUGAAUAUUUUGCAUCAGAAAUUCUAAGAUUGAAGUAUAAUUAUUAUAUUAAUUAAAAGGAAUGAUCAAUCUUAAUUAGUUGUUUUUAAUAUGAAAGAAGAAAAAAUUAGUGAUCAAUCUAAAUUGAAAAAAAGAAAAUAAGGUAGACAAAUUAAAAUUAUGGGUGAUCUUGCACUUAUGAUUAAUGAUCCAUAAGAUGCUAUAGAAUAUUAUAAAUAAGCUUUAGAUAAUUUAAAUAAAAAUAAUGAUUUUUUAUGGUGUGGAAUUAUUCAAUAACAUUUAGCAGCAUCUAAAUCUUCUUUUGAAGAAAUUGAAGAGCAUUUUAGAGAAUCAUUAACAUUUCUUAAAAAAACUAAGUUUAUCAAUUUAGAAAUUGAAUGUUUCUUUAAAUUGAUGCAAUAUAGAAAAGCCUCAAAUGAUAAAUUAGGACUCAAUAAAACUAUUGAUUUAUUUACUAAAACUUUUGAUCCUGAAUCUCCAAUAGAAAAAUGCAAAUUUUAUCUCUUUGUCUCAGAAUUAUAUGGUCAAAUAUAAAUGAAAAGAAAAUAAGCUUAUUUUAUUCGAUUAGCAAGUUUUUAAUUGGCUACAAUCAAUAAAUCUAUGGCUUUAGAACUUACUAAAUUAUCUAGCACUAUGUAUGGUCUGAAUUCUUAUUUCUCUGAUGAUUAGAGUAAUAUAUUUUGGACUUCAUUAUAACAUAAUUUUGUAUAAGAGAUCUAACAUAAUUUUUAAGGAAUGUAUUCAUUUUUAUCUAAUUAGACCUUAUUUCUAACAUAAUACCUAGAUUUAAAGAAUACAAAUGUUUAAACAAGAUUUUACAUAAUAAUAAUUAGAAACUAUGCUCUAAAUUCUAAAAUAAGAAUCUGUUAAACAUGAAUUAAAAUAAACUUAUUUAUUAAUGAUUCCAAAAAUUGAAAGACUACAAAUCAUACCAUUUAAAGAAAAGUUUAGUUUAAUUAAUAAAGAAAUUAAAUCAUAAACAGAAGGAUAAGAUAUUUUUAUUGUAAAUCCAUGGGCUAAUAAGGAAUCAAAGAAUGAAUUAAAAUAUCCACUUAAUUCACUUAUAGAAUUGGUAUUAUAUAUUUCUAAUGAAUAUUCUUUUGAUUUUUAAUUAGAUAAAUUAGUAUUAUAGAUAGAAGGUAGUGAUUCUGUUACUUAUCCAAAAGGAAUCACAUUAUUGGCUAAUACUAAAAAUCAUCCUGUGAGUUUUACUAUUAGACCAAAAUCAAUAGGUGAAUUAAAAAUAAUUGGAAUUAAAAUUCAAUAUUUAAAUUAUGAAUACAUUCAUAAAUUAAAUUAGUUUGGUUUUUCUGCUCUACUAUCUUAAGAUAUUUAAUAAUAGGAACAAUAAUUAUUUAAUUUGCAUAAUAUUCAAAUUAUUGAAGAUAUUCCAAAUGUUUAAGCCUCAAUCUAUAGGGAUUCUACAUUAAUUAAUGAAGUAGAAGCUGUAUAUUUUGAUCCUAGUGAAUUAUUUACAUAUUAAUUUAUUAUUAAGAAUAAAUCAGAAUAAUUAAUCUAAAAUUUUGGAUUUGAAAUAAUAGUUGAAUCUGAAGAUCCUCCUAUUUAUGAAUAUAAACAUAUUAUCCCUAAUUUUAAUUUAGAUGGAUUUAGUUCUAUUAAUGUUUUAUUAAGUGAUUUUGAUCUAAUAAAUUAAAAUAAUUAAGUACAUAUUAAAAUACCAAAAAUUCCUCAUAAGACUCAUGUCAUUAAGAAAAUAUCUUUGACUUUAUUUUUAUGGUAUAAUAAUGCAUUAUACUAAAGAGAAAUAAAAUUGAAUCGUUUAAUAUAAAUAAGAUAAAGAACUGUGAUUUAAUAAUGUUAAUUUGUUAGUAAAUAUAGAUGCAAUAAUGAAAAUAUCAAAGAAAUAUAUGAUUUAUAAGAUAGUUGUUUUUUAAGUAUUUAAAUUGUUAAGAAAGAUUUCUUAAUAAGUUUGGAAUUAUAGUCAUAGAUUUUAAUAGAUGGAUAAUUUAAUUAAAUUUUGAAUGAAGAUUGUGAAUAUUAUACUUAGGCUUUAAAACUUAGAAAAUUACCAUUAAAUUAAUUAACUAAUCCAGAUUUAAAAGUGAUUUGGAAGAAUCUAUUUAGUGGAAAUAUUGGUAUUUUAAAUCCAUUUUAACAUCUCAGUUAAGAAGAUAUCAUAAAACAUUGUUGUAAUGAUUUAAUUGAUAUUGAAUGUAGAGAAUCUAAUAAAUAAAUUAAUUAUAAAUUAAUUUUACAUGAAAAAUUGACUUCAAGUUAAAGUGUAAGUGUUAUUAUUAGUCUAACUAAUGAAUAUGUAAAUACUAAUUUAAGUUGUGCAAAAUCAAUGGUUUCAUCUGUCUAAAAUAUAAACAAUCCAAUUAUCACUGAAGGAUAUACAUCAUUCAAUCUUGAAAUUGAAACAAACAAAUAAACUUAAAAGAAUGGAUAAUUAGGUUAUUAUGGAUAAUUAAAUUAAUCAUGUUUAAAGUUUAUUGUUAAUGAUUUUGAAAAUUAGAGAUAGUAUAUCAAGAGAUGUGAAAUAAAAUGA